GACAUUGGGGUUUUUUUUUAGAAUUUGGCUACAUUAUACUGUGGUUGUGACAGCUACUUACAGUAAUGUGGGUUUUGCCUCCGCCCCCAGACAGGUGUAGUCAGGUGAGUUAGAUCUGCUGUCUCAUUUUAUCACGGAGCUGCGAGACAAGGUCUUCUCCGAUAGACUCAACAGAGAAUUAAAUGAGCUGUUUCCCGGGAUCAUGGAGUCGAGUCAGUCAUCACAAGCACAGCGUGAAGCUUUCAUCUGGUUCACAGAGUCACAGCUCCGAUUAGUGAUCAGGAACGGCAUCGUCCCAGAAUGGUUUCAUGGGAUCAUUUCAAGGAAAAUGGCUGAGGAACUUUUGAUGCCCAAGCCUCCUGGCUACUUCCUCAUCAGAGUCAGUGAGACCAGGAUUGGCUACACUCUCUCAUACCGUGCUGGGGACCGCUGCAGACAUUUUAUGAUCAAUGUGUUGGAUGACGGUCAUUACAUCGUAGUUGGGGAGAACAGGCGCCACCGGUCUCUGCAGGACCUGGUGGACUUUCAUCGUAGGACUCCCAUCAUGCCGUUCAGUGAGGUGCUCACUGUCGCUUGUGGGCAGACCUCGAAUGACAACACUGACUAUGCAGAGCUGCUGUUUCCCAAUAGACAUCCAAACACUAACACACGUUUGCAACCAAAUAACUGCCUGCAUCCCAGCGUAAGUCACCCAACAUCACAACAGGAUGUCCCACCUGCCCUUCCUCAUCGACGAAAUAAACCGAGGAGCUCCCCUGUCCUGUCUCCAAACAGACUGUACCCUGCUCUGGAAGAAGAAUUUCCAACUGUCGUCACCCCAACGCCUGCAACCAGAAAGAGAUAUGCAGCCGACAGCCUUCCAGUCCCGCCUCCUGAGGUCCCUGCUCGGAGCUCUCUCCCUCCACUGAAGCAAAACCAGACUUGUAUCAGAACAGCCUCUGCACCUGAGAGUCCCCACACACCUACAGCCUCUGAACACCAGUCUGUGAAGAACCAGGAAGCAAAGCCUUCUGUUGUCUCCAACCUGAUUAACCUCAAGAAGAAAUUCGUAAAGAAGAGGAGCCCGUCGCAGGAGUACAUGUAUGCAGAGAUUAAUAUGGAGGCGACUGAAAGCAGUGGAAAUGCUGAGAAUGAGUACCAGGAGAUCGCAGCAGGGCCUCUGAGCUGCACUGCCCCACCACUUUCCUACACUUGUGAUGUGAGACUGACUGAUGAAGAGUUACCUCACGAGUACCGUCCACCCCCACCUUUUGCUCCAGGCUACUGAUAAAAAAACGGCUUCCUCAGAAAAAACAAUGUGAAACAGAAUCCAACAUUAAGUGGGUGCAGGUGCAGGACAAAAGCAUAAUACAAAGAAAAUAGAAGAAUAUUCAGACCUUAUAAAAGUUUAAUAAUGCACUGUUUCCACUUUCAAUUUCUGUGUUUACAUGAGUAUUUGCCUGACAAACACCUUAAGGUCCAAAAGUUGCAUCAUUAUGGCGUUAUUUUGUCAUUUGGGGAAAUACUCUUAUUCACUUUCUUUCAUUUAACUCAAGGU